AUGUAUCGCCACAUUUCCAAAGGCGGAUGGACUCUUUCUGAUCAAGAUCAAGGUUGGCAAGUUUCAGAUUGUACAGCUGAAGCUGCUAAGUGUUGCAUGUUGCUUUCCACGAUGCCACCUGAUGUCAUUGGCAAGAAAAUCAAUCUGGAACAACUAUAUGAUUCUGUUAAUCUCAUGCUAUCUCUACAGAGUGAAAAUGGAGGUUUUACUGCAUGGGAACCUGUCCGCGCCUAUAAAUGGUUGGAAUUGAUGAAUCCCACGGAUUUUUUUGCUAAUGCUAUGACCGAGCGUGAAUAUACCGAAUGUACCUCAGCUGUUAUACAAGCUUUGGUUAUAUUCAAACAACUACAUCCGAAUCACAGGAAAAAAGAGAUCAUUAAAUCGAUUGAGAAAGCAGCGCAAUUCAUAGAAAGCAAACAAAUGCCAGAUGGUUCAUGGUAG